AGUGUCUGAAUUUCUAAAUCUCCGUCUCCAGGCUCAGUUAUGGAGGAUAGCUUGAGCGUUAAGUCACUGGAAUCGGUAGCAACGAGCGACGAGUACGAAUUUGUUAACGAGAAAGACUCCAAGCCAUCUAAUGGCAUUCUCGAGCCUCAGCCACCUAUGCUCAAGAUUGCUAAUAAUGGCAAUUUAGAAGAUCUUCAGAAUAAUUUACGCGAGGUGCUGACAGAAGAAAAAAUGGAGAGUCCAGAAUUAGAAGUGAUCCCAACGCAGGUAACAAAAGUAGGCCACAGCAAAUUCUACGACCUGCUGCCGGAAAAAACCGACGAGAUGAAGCCGGAAGACUACGAGGAGACCACGGAGGACUGCACAGUCUUCAGCGGAGUGACUUACUUCGGUGCGGCGGGGAUUAACGCUCCAAAGUCGGAAACAGAGAUCCAACGGAACAUGGCGAUCUUGUCAGCGGAGCUGAAGGAGAGCCUGGAGAUCAAGGUGUCUGUCUCAAUCCCGAGCAGUUCCUCGGGCUCCGUGGUGUUGAGAGACGCGAGCACUCACCAGCCAAUGGCGUCCUACGAAGUCCAGCGGAUCUUGUUCUACGUGAGAGGAGACUGUACCGGGCCCUGCUCGGCGUGCUUCGCCUUCACCUGGUCCCACGGCGACACUCUGGAGUCCGCCAUAUUCCAGUGCCACGUGUUCCGCUGCGACAUCCCCGAGGCCGUUGGCCAGGUGUCUUCGUGCUUCGCUAAAGCCUUCCAGAGGAUCCCCAAGUCGCUGACCAGUUCAUUGACUCCAAGUGAUUUUUCCAGUCUCAAUGAAAAAACCAACUCCAGGGUGUUUAUUUUUGAAGUGACCAUGGAACUGAAAGAAGAAGAUGGCCGCGGUGGCUUCCACACUGUUCCCAAAGACAGGAGCUGCUUUAAAUUGCGGAGCAACGUUGCCAAGCAGGUUUGCUUGAGCAUCCAGCAGGUCGCGAGUAAAGAAGGCGGUGUUAUCCUCGAAGUUGAGCGCUGCUUCGGGGUUCUAGUCAAGACCAAGGAGAGCAAGAUCAACAUGACAGUAGCCGUGGACCUGGUGAUCCGUCGAAUCAGGGAGCCAGUUCGCUUUGUAAUAGAGACAUCAGCGAAAGUCUACCCGCAAAAUUACCGAUUCUGGUAUCUCUCUCGAAAGAAUCUAGUCCAGCAGUUUCAGCUGACCUCCAAGGAGGUCCCCGGAGAGCUGGAGGUCCACUACGAGGUGGUGAGCAUCGAGACUUCCGGAGAGUUGGACCGUAACCGGGUGAACCUGGCGCUGAACCUGGCCUCGCUGAUCAGGUCCUCUUCCUUGACCAGUAUCGACACUCUGACGCCCAAAGAGGACCCUGACUCUGACGGAGACGAGCCGAUGCUGAGCGGGACCGGGGAGGUGUCUAAAGAUUGCUCUGCAGAUGAGCUAGCUAGCUGGAGCGAGGUCCUGGAGUCCUGGACGGGGAAGCACCGCCCGAAGCUAUUGGUGAAGCUCACCCGAGCGGGAAUUCCUGAAGCUCUUCGUGGGGAAGAGAGCUCCUGCGAGGGCACCAUCCUCAGGGAUAUCAACAGGACCUUCCCAGCGCAUGACUACUUCAAGGAGACCGGAGGACUCGGCCAAGAUUCGCUCUACCGCAUCAGCAAGGCCUACGCCGUCUACGAUGAGGAAGUUGGCUACUGCCAGGGCCUCAGUUUCCUAGUAGCUAGUCUCCUGCUUCACAUGCCCGAGGAACAGGCCUUCUGCGUCCUGGUCAAGCUCAUGUACGACUACGGGCUCAGGGACCUCUACAAGGACCGGUUUGAUAAUCUUCACAUGAGGUUCUACCAGCUGAAUCGCCUUAUAGAGGACCAGCUGCCCGAACUCUACAAGCACUUCUGCGACAGGGGUGUCGAGACUCAUAUGUUCGCUGCUCAGUGGUUCCUCACUUUAUUCACAGCCAGGUUCCCUCUGUACCUGAUGAGUAAAAAAGAAUUAGUUCAACUGGAUUUCGAAAGUAUAUUGAAAUAUUUCCGGGUCCAUUUACCAAAGCGAUGCCGAAACGAAGAAGUCUCUAGAUAUGUUAUGAAACUAGCUUGCUCCGUAACGCUUAAAAAAUUAAAUAAAUACGAGGCCGAAUUUAUGACACUCAAAGAGGCCCAAGAAAACGCGGACGAGUACAGCAAUGAAGUGGAGCAACUUCGCGGAGCGGUUGCGAGAGCUGAGGAGGAGAAGCAACGACUGGAUCUAGAGCUCAUUCAGAUAAAAGAGAUGCUUCAGAGAGAAGUUACUAGAGCUGACGCUGAGAGUCGGAGGAGUAACAAAAUUUCAAAUUGUCCAAAUUGUCGAACGACAGUAAUGGAAUCCUCAGCGGUAUACGCGGAUAUAUCUCACCCACUAGAUUCCCGACCAGACCCGAUGCUGCACCGGACACAGGAGCGGGUCAGAGAACUAGAACUCGAGCUAGCUCAGACGAAACUCGCUCACGUUGAAGCAGAGUGCAGAAAUCAGGAUUUGACUCACCAGCUCCACGCAGCGUCUUCAGAACUCCAAGCAGCUCGGAAUUCCUGGCCGUGGCUCAGUAAAACCCUCUCGACGAUAAAAGAAGCCGCGAACAAACGUGACGCGAUCAACGCGACACUAUCAAGGCGUGAGUCCGCUCCCGGAGGGGAAAUUCGCCACGUUAUUCACUCGCAAUCUCGCGACAGCAUCAAAGAGGCUGUUUAA